GUUGAUCAGGCUUGCUGUCAGGAGGAAGGUGUAAAAGGGCUUGCUGGAAACUCCAAGUUACGGGGCUUUUGCUUUGUGCUGGCAGGAGACAAGCUGCAAUAUUUCCUGCCGUAAAUAUGUGUGGUUCAAGCAGCGUCGAGAAAACUAGGCUUCCCUUUAGUUCGCUCACAUUAUGGACAGACUAAAAAGAACCCAACCAAGCGCGGGGCAGGCAACGUGUCCAUUUCCUGGUGAUUUUAAAGACUCCGGGUUUUGGUUUGCUUUCAAGCGACAUGGUGAGUGCGCGCUCUAAUGGAGAGAUCGCCCUGUUUGCCGGGCCAGCAGUCCUGACGCUUGCAGUUGCAUCAGAUGGGGCGACGGAGCAGGCUCGAGUGAGCUCCGCCGCGCCAGAGUCCACGCUCACGCACUGGGCUGUGUGAGGACUGUGGCCGGAUCUGAGGUGCGCGUUUUCCCCCUCUCCAUGAACUUCUGAAAACAUAACCCUUUAACAUCCGUCGGAACCUUCGGAAUAAUGUUACCAAUAUGUCUGUUCAUUCGUUGCUGUGUGAAAGAAUUGCUAUUGCUAAGGAGCUAAUCAAAAGGGCAGAAGCCCUUUGCCGGUCCCGCAAAGGUGGCAUAGGAGGAGGAUCAAAGCUGUGCAGCAAAUUAAAGGCAGAGCUAAAAUUCUUGCACAGGGUGGAGGCUGGUAAGGUAGGCAUCAAAGAGUCUCACCUGCAAAGUACAAAUCUCACUCAUCUGCAAGCCAUCAUCGAGUCUGCAGAGAACUUGGAGGAGAUUGUUGGUGUUCUCCAUGUCUUCACUUAUGAGGACAAAUUUGGGGAAAAGCAAAGCUUGGUGGUGGAUGUAAUUGCAAACAAUGGGCAUACCUGGGUGAAGGCAAUUGGUCGAAAGGCCGAAGCCCUGCACAACAUUUGGCUGGGCAGGGGCCAGUACGGCGACAAGAGCAUCAUUGAGCAAGCAGAGGACUUCCUGCAAGCAAGUUGCCAGCAACCUGUGCAAUAUAGUAAUCCACACAUUAUCUUUGCUUUCUACAAUGGCGUGUCCUGCCCGAUGGCAGAGAGGCUGAAAGAGAUGGGCAUAUCUGUACGAGGGGACAUAGUUGCUGUGAAUGCACUGGUGGAGGGCACUAAGGAAGACCUCCACUUAGAUUCUAGUGGAUCUGAUGAUGGAGGUGAGUGCCUUCAGGUGACCAAAGUUGAUCGGGACACCUUAAUAGCUAGUGUUGCUUUUCCUACAGAAAUCAGAGUGGACUUGUGCAAUAGAGUCAACUUGGAUAUUACUACUCUGAUUACGUAUGUUUCAGCCCUUAGCUAUGGUGGCUGUUAUUUCAUCUUCAAGGAGAAGGUCUUAACCGAACAGGCGGUGCUGGAGAGAGAAGAGAGUGUUCUCCCAGUCCUGGAAGAGUUCAUGAAGGGCAAGGAACUGUUUGCAUGUGAAUCUGCAGUCAAAGACUUCCAGGUCAUCUUAGAGACUCUAGGGGGGCCAGGGGAGAAAAGUCGAGCUGCAUUAUUCAUGGAGAGAGUCACUGUGGUGCCCAACCAGCCCUCUGAGCGUGCCUUAAGAUUAGUGCCUAGUUCCAAAAUCAACAGACGGUCUCUGACCAUCUUUGGGACAGGAGAUGCUCUAAAGGCGAUCACCAUGACUGCAAACAGUGGCUUUGUUAGGGCUGCAGCUAACCAGGGAGUUAGAUUUAGUGUAUUCAUUCAUCAGCCAAGGGCAUUAACAGAAAGCAAAGAAUCUUCUGCCACACCUUUACCAAAGCAUUGAAGUAUGCUUCAAUGUGCAUGAGUUGUCUUCCCAGAUUAUAAAUUGCUAUUUGCACUCUCUGUAGCUGAAGCACUUUUAUGAACAAAACCUGAAGGCACAAUCCAUUGAAAGGGCAGAAUAAAUCUAUCAAGGAACAACUCCUGUCUUGAGUUCCACUGUUUCGAUGGCAGCCUUGUGUUUCUUAUAAAGGUUACUAAUGUCCUUGGUUAAGCACUUUUAAGAUACAUAGAUGUCUCCCAUUCUAAACAAUGCACGUUAAUUUUCAUGUGUGAUUGAAAGUUCUUAAUCUGAUUGUAUUGUGCUCUGUUUUUGACAUAAGGACUGGUCUUUCCUAGGAUCGAUCUUCAGGAAAAAAAAUACUGAGAAAGAAGAGAGAAUAAGUGGCAGACAAACCACAAACUAAUCAAAGCUAACUACCUUAUUCAAAUGUGAAAGGUUUUGGCAUAUUUUAAAAUCUACUGAAAAUGAUGGGUCUACAUAAAAAGUAGUAACAGCUUGCUUUGGUUGGAUUGUAAACUUUCUAUUUUUGUGGAGUCAUCCUGAUUUUCAAUUUGAUGGCUCCAGUGUCAUUCACUUUAUAGGGGAUAAUUAUAAAGUUGACAUAGUACAAUAUAUCAUUAAAAUUUUACUGUCCAAACUGAAUCUGUCUCUGUAGUUUCAGUAUUUGGAGGCUGGCUUUAAGACUUGCAGACUUAAGUUGUUGAAAUCCUUAUGUGGCUUGAGGAAAGGGGGAGGCACGUGGUACUGCUCUGUGUAUUGUUGGGAACAUGGCUGGUGUAGAGUUACUCUGGGUGUGCACGUUAAAACAUACAGGCUACCCCAGUGCUGGGUGAAGAUGGUGAAGAGGUAUCCUACUGCCUUCUAAGCCCCAUGUCAUGGCUGCCUGAGGUAAUGAGGAUUGUUGUAAAAGCUUCUAGAUAAUUCUAUUUUGAUUGAUUUGCUUUCCCAUUCUGAAAAGAAAAAAUAGGCCAUUACCCUAACCAUUCUCUUACAGUUCCCUCCAUCUGUGUAACAUAUGCCUGAAUUAAAUAAGUAUGAACAUGUAUAUUAAAAGUUGAAGAAUUGCAAA